GCAGCCAUAGCCAUGGAGGGAGUGGGGUUGGUGCGGCAUGAGCGCCUCACCGCAGAUGAGAUGGAUGAGCAGAGGAGACAGAACGUCGCCUACCAGUAUCUGUGUCACUUGGAGGAAGCCAAGCGCUGGAUGGAGGCCUGCCUGACUGAGGAGCUGCCCCCUCUCAUGGAGCUGGAGGAGAGCCUGCGCAAUGGGGUCGUCCUUGCCAAGCUGGGCCACUGCUUUGCCCCCACUGUUGUCCCUCUGAAGAAGAUCUAUGACUGUGAGCAGACACAGUACAAGGCAGCCGGGCUUCACUUUCGGCACACGGAUAACAUCAACUACUGGCGUGAUGCCAUGAGCCACGUGGGGCUUCCCUUGAUCUUCCACCCGGAGACCACCGACAUCUAUGACAAGAAGAACAUGCCCCGGGUGGUCUACUGCAUCCAUGCGCUCAGCUUGUACCUCUUCAAGCUAGGGCUGGCUCCUCAGAUCCAGGACUUGUAUGGGAAAUUGGACUUCACAGAGGAGGAGAUCAACAACAUGAAGCGGGAGCUGGAGAAGUACGGCCUGCAGCUGCCUGCCUUCAGCAAGAUCGGGGGCAUUUUGGCCAAUGAGCUCUCGGUGGAUGAAGCAGCAGUCCAUGCUGCGGUGCUGGCAAUCAACGAAGCAGUGGAUCGAGGGCUGGUGGCACAGACGAUGAUGGCCCUCCGCAACCCCAGCGCGAUGCUUCUCGACCUGCGUGAGGUGCUGGCUGGUGCCUACCAGGAGGUGCUCCACCGGGCAAAGCUGGAGAAGGGCAGCAAUGCCAGGAACAGGUACCUGCAGGUCAUCCCCGAGGGUGAAGACAUCUAUGACCGGUGUCUGACCCAGGCUGAAAUCCAAGGGAACAUCAACAAAGUGAAUGUGCAUGGAGCUCUGGAGGAGGUGGACGAUGCCCUGGAGAGACAGGACGCGUCGGGGCUGUACCGUGCACUGCAGGACCCCAUCCUGACCCUGCGCUGCCUCCAGCGGGACAACCUUGACCACUACUUGGAGCGGCUCAGCGUGGACCGGCAGCAGAAGGCGCUGGAGCUGGGCUACAUGGACCUGCUGGAGCAGGAGGAGUUGGAGGCAGGAAUCCUCAUGGUGAACAAGAAGGGCGAGGAGGAGCAAGCCAUGCUGCGGGCUGUCAGCCGGAUCAACGCGGCCAUCCAUCGAGGGAUGCCAGCCAAAACGUUGGAAGUGCUGAUGGACCCUGCAGCACGGCUGCCUCAUGUGUACCCGCUCGCUGCCCCCCUGUACCAGUGCCAGCUGGCCCUGCUGCAGCACCAGCACCCAAGGGGUGAGCUGGUGCAGGAGGAGCUGUUCGUGGCUGUGGAGAUGCUUUCGGCCGUGGCACUGGUUAACCGAGCCUUGGAUGCUGGGGACCCCGACGGGCUCUGGAGCAGCCUGGUCAGCUCUGCCCUGGGCCUCUCGGGUGUCGAGGAUGCAAAUGCGCAGCGGUAUUUUGAGGACUUACUGCAGCUGAAAGGCCAAUCUAGGGAAGCAGGAGCAGAGUUCCUGAGCUGGAAUGACAUUCAGGACAGCGUGAAUGACACCAAUUCAUCAGUGCGAGAUGAAAACGACCGAGUUCUCGCUGUCCGGCUGAUCAAUGAGGCACUGGUGCAGGCGGACCCUGAGAAGACGCUGGCGGCUUUGCUGCUGCUGGCAGCCGCCCUGCCUGACAUCGCCCUCCCAACUGCUCAGCACUACCAUGAUGUCCUGGCCCGGGCACGAAGGCUGAAAGCCCAGGCCACAGAGGACGACGGAGCUGUGCUUUGGUGGGAAGAGAUCCAGGAAGGGGUCUGCAAGGCCAACCAGGACACGGUGGCAGCCAGGAGGAUGGCUCUGGGCACCGCUGCCAUCAACCAGGCCAUCAAGGAGGGGAAGGCAGCGCAGACCCUGCGGGUGCUGCGCAACCCUGAUGUGGCACUGUGUGGUGUGGUGAGUGCCUGCGCUGUGGCGUACCAGGAGCAGCUCGCGGCUCUGAUGGCCACCAAGAGACAAGCAGGGAGCGUGAAGCCAUGCUGGAUCCAACACAGGCUGACAGACGGUGCUGAGUACUACCUGAACCUGCAGACCUUUGAGGGCAGCUGGCAGCACCCACAUGACGGUGGCCUCAACACCACGCACCUGAGCCGGGAGGAGAUCCAGUUGGUUGUCACCCAAGUGACCAUUGCACAUGACCGGGAGUGCCUGUGGGCGUCCAAUGUUGCCUUCGUGGUGCAGCUGCAGGCUCGGCUGCGGGGCUUCCUUGUCCGCCGGGAGUUUGCGGCACAGCGGCACAUCCUGCAGGAGCAGUGGCCGGCUGCCAUCAGGAUCCAGGCUUGUUGGAGAGGGUACAAGCAGCGCAGAGCUUACCUGGAGAGACUGCGCUACCUGCAAGACAACGCAGAUGCUGCAAUAAAGAUCCAGGCAGGCGUGAGAAUGUGGCAGGCUCGGAGAAAGUACCAGGAGAGGCUGCGCUACUUCAGGCAGAAUAUUAAAGCUGUAAUUAAAAUCCAGGCUUUUGUGCGAGCUAACAAGGCCCGUGGGGAUUAUAGAAUGCUGGUCCAUGCCAAGAGCCCACCGCUGAGCAUCGUCCGGCGCUUCAUCCACUUGCUGGAGCAGAGCCAGCAAGACUUCUGGGAGGAGUCGGAGGUGCUGCGGCUGCAGGAGGAGGUGGUGAAGAGGAUCCGUGCCAGCCGGCAGUUGGAGAGUGACCUGGACCUCAUGGACAUCAAGAUCGGGCUGCUGGUCAAGAACAGGAUCACGCUGCAGGAGGUGGUCUCCCACUGCAAGAAGCUGACCAAGAAGAACAAGGAGCAGCUUUCGGAGAUGAUGUCCAUAGACAAGCAGAAGGGGCUCAAGUCGCUCAGCAAGGAGAAGCGGCAGAAGCUGGAGGCAUACCAGCAUCUCUUCUACCUGCUGCAGACCCAGCCUGUGUACUUGGCCAGGCUGAUCUUCCAGAUGCCACAGAACAAGUCCACCAAAUUUGUGGAGUCGGUGAUCUUUACACUUUACAACUAUGCAUCCAACCCACGGGAGGCUUACCUGCUGCUCCAGCUCUUCAAAGCAGCACUGCAGGAGGAGAUCAGGUCCAAGGUGGACCACAUCCAUGACAUCCUGACGGGGAACGCCACAGUGAUCCGGAUGGUGGUCGGCUUCUACCGCAACACGCGUGGGCAGAAUGCCCUGCGGCAGAUCCUGGGUGGCCCAGUACAGGAAGUUCUACAGGACAAGACCCUCAGCAUCCGCACCAACCCCGUGGACAUCUACAAGGCAUGGAUCAACCAGACUGAGUCGCAGAGUGGGCAGAAAAGCAAGCUCCCAUAUGAGGUCAGCCCUGAGCAGGCUCUCAGCCACCCCGAGGUCCAAAGGCGGCUGGAUAUUUCUAUCUGCAACCUCCUUGCGAUGACAGACAAGUUCAUCUCUGCUAUCACCUCUUCUGUAGACAAGAUCCCCUAUGGAAUGCGCUACGUGGCCAAAAUCCUGAGGACAUCCUUGGCUGAGAAAUUCCCCAAGGCCUCGGUGGAGGAGAUUGACAAGAUCGUGGGGAACCUGCUCUACUACCGCUUCAUGAACCCGGCAGUGGUGGCCCCUGAUGGCUUUGAUAUCGUGGACAUCUCAGCCGGGAUGACCCUGCAUCCCGACCACCGUCGCAGCCUGGGCUCCAUCGCCAAAGUGCUGCAGCAUGCGGCUGCCCACAAGGCCUUUGAUGGGGAGAAUGCUCAUCUCUGCAGGGUGAACCAGUACCUGGAGGACACCCACAACAAGUUCAGAAGGUUCAUAUCUGCUGCUUGCUGCGUCCCAGAGCCAGAAGAGAGGUUUAAUGUGGAUGAGUACUCAGAUAUGGUGGCAGUGGCCAAACCAGUCAUCUACAUCACAGUGGGGGAGCUCAUCAACACGCACAAGCUCCUGCUGGAGCACCAGGACACCAUUGCGCCGCACCAUGGAGACCCCCUGCAUGAGCUUCUGGAAGAUCUUGAUGAGCUUCCUACGGUCCAGUCCCUUGUCGGGGAGAGUGUUCCCAGCCCAGUGGACAGCAGUGCCGAGCAGGUGCUCUCCCAGCUCAGCAAAAUGGAGAUCUCCCUCACCCUCACUGGUAAGCUGGUGCCAGUGGCCAGCAGCGAGGAGAGUGACAUGAGGAGCUUGCUGCUGAGCACCAAGCAGAUGCUGGUGGAUGUGAUCCAGUCCCAGGCAGGAGAUUCCCUCCCGGAGAUCCUGUGGACUCUGGCCUCGGAGCAUGAGGAAGCCUCCCAUGACCAUCUCAUGCACAGGCGAGCGCUGUGGGAUGCCCAGACCCCUGCUAAGCUGAAACGCAACCACUCCCUGGCUGCCAACAGCCAGCUGUCCAUGGAAGAGAAGAAGCGCAAGAUCAUCUGCAACCUGCAGCGCUUGGAGAACUUGGGGCUUGUGGACUCUGCCCAUCAGUACCAGGAGCUCAUCAACGAGCUGGCCAAGGAUAUCCGCAACCAGAGGCGUUACCGGCAGCACCGCAAAGGGGAGCUCCUGAAGCUGAGACAGACCCUACAGGGCCUCAAUGCCAAGACCUUGUUUUAUGAGGAGCAAAUUGAUUAUUACAACCAGUACAUCAAGACCUGCCUUGACAACCUGGCAGCCAGCAACAAAAUCAGUGGGAAGAACAAGAAGCUGCAGUCACUGCGCUACACGGCGGCCCGGCUGUUCGAGAAGGGCGUGCUGCUGGAGAUUGAGGACUUGCCGCUCAGCCAGUUCAGGAAUGUGAUUUUUGACAUCAUCCCCUGUGAGGAAUCGGGCAGGUUCCAGGUGAAAGCCAAAUUCAUGGGGAUUGACAUGGAGCGGUUCCAGCUGCACUACCAGGACCUGCUGCAGCUGCAAUACGAGGGUGUAGCUGUCAUGAAGAUGUUUGAUAAAGCCAAGGUCAAUGUCAACCUGCUCAUUUUCCUCCUCAACAAGAAGUUCUUCAAGAAGUAACGGGAAGGGGGUGGGGUGGGGAAGGCUGCGGGGGGGGUGAUGCAAACCUGCCAAAGAGAAACUUUGGGGUUGGUGGUCCUGGGGCAGCAUGUCUCUGUGGCGGGGAAAGCUGCUGCUUGCAAUGAAGCUUUCCUACCUGGAUGCAGUGUGCCUGAGCAUCUGUAGCCAACGGUGUCUGGCUGGGGAGAGCAUAGGGCUCAGAGCUCAGCCCCAGCCCUAGGCAACCUGAAAUCAGUGUUGCCUGGAGGCCAGCUGGGAGCCCUCUGCUCCUGCAGCUUGUGCUGGCGUGAGCUGGUACCCAGCCCUCACAGCAGGAAGGAUGCAGCUGCUGCAGCUUUUGCUGCGCGCGUAGCUUUUAAAAUCUAGUGUUUGUGGGUAUUUUGGCUGUUUAGUUCCUGUGUUGCUAACAGCUGGCUGCUCAAGGACGCUAUGGAUUUCUGGACACUACACAUGUUUUUAGUGAUGAAAUAAAGGUAUUUUAAUAUGGUUUUUUUUUUCUUCCUCCCACUAAAGAUGGGGAAAUGUCAGAAUAAGACUUUAUAUGGGGGUAGGGAGAGAGGGAGAAUAUAGAGGCAAUAACUACUUGUGAAGACACCCAUGGGCUGCUCUCUAGUAAGUCAAGGUGCAAUAGGAGAAUUUUGUUUUUUAAAAAUAAAUUUCACUGCCUGUUUUCCAGCCAGGCUGGGGGCAGAAAUAGAAGAGGUGGCGUAGAGUCACUGCUGUCCUGGGGAUGCCUUGGGGGACAGGAGCAGGGCCCUCCCCUCUCCUCUGGACCACACUGAUGCCUGGCAGGUGGUGUGGAGCAACCCCAAGCCAUUGCCUCAGCCAGGCUGGUGGCUGCUCUGUCCCAUGUUGAUUUUGCUCUGAUGUUUAAUUAGUUUUAAAAUGUGGCAUAAUGACCGAGUUUGUCCAUGGCUGCUUUUAAAGCACUUUCUCCUUCAUGUAAGCUCCAGCCCAUUCCACCUGAUAGGAAAGGAGCUGGUAGUGGUCCCAAGCCUCCUCCCAGCCCUGUCUCCUUCAGGCACAGGAGCAGCAGGUCUCAAACCUGCUCUGCAAAGGACCUUUUUUGGGGGGAUCUGAAUGGGAGUCUCCAUUGCUGCUUCGGUAACUGCCUUAGCACCUUGAGGCAGCUCAAUGGUACCCUGCUAGUUUGGCAUCUAGGGUGUGUGUCUGUCUUGUCUUUGGAAAGUGAUGUUUGUUUGUGAGGUUUUUAUGUAUUUUUUUUCUUUCCCUUCUGUCAUAUAAAAGCUGCAAGCAUUUACCCCUCCACUGUGUAUGUGCUGCAUCCCAGCUGUGCUGCCUUUGCUCAUUUAUUCUAAAUAAAUAUGUGUAAGAAAAUACAGAAUUGCUCUGGAUGAUUGUUUUUCCUUAAACCAGUUCUGUG